AUGGACGUGGCAAAGUUGACGCAAAAGAAGGUAUUGCAGAUUCUGGAGAACGGCGUGCGCUUCGGAAAGUGGGUACUGCUGGAAAACGUCGGGGAGGAACUGGAUGCGGCCCUUGAGCCUAUCCUGUUGCAACAAAAGUUCAAGCAGGGCGGUCAAGACAUGAUCAGGCUGGGCGACAACACAGUGCCGUACAACGAUCAGUUCCGGCUACUGAUGAUCACCAAGCUGCCCAACCCGGAGUACGCCCCAGAAGUGCAGGUGAAAGUGUCCUUGCUGAACUUUACGAUCACCAUCAAGGGCCUGGAAGAACAGCUUCUCAACACUGCCGUGAAGGAGGAACUCCCGGACCUUGCCCAGAAGAAGACUCACGCUGUUCACAAGUGCUACUACGCGAAUGAGCGCACCACCACCAUACAUCCCGAACGUUUCGUCGAUUUCCAGGAAGAGCUGGUCAUCAACGGCGCGGCCAUGAACAUCGAAUUGUACGGAAUCGAGAGCCAGAUCCUGAAGCUCUUGAGCGAGAGCGAAGGAAACAUCCUCGACAACACGGCUCUCAUUGAGACCUUAGCGGAGGCCAAGGUGAAAUCGAGUGAGAUCAAAGAGAAGAUGGGCGAAGCGGAAGAGACGGAAAAGGAGAUAGAGGCGAGAUCCAACGAGUACCGACCGGUUGCUAAACGAGCCAGUCUCCUCUACUUCUGCUUGGCAGAUCUCGCGGUGAUCGAUCCGAUGUACCAGUACGCCCUGCCGUGGUUCAGCUCGUUGUUCUGCAAGUCUAUCGGGCAGGCUCCGCCUGCCCCGGACCUCGAGGGGCGGCUGCGCAGCCUGAACGACUGCUUCACGGCGGCGGUGUACGUGAACGUGUGCAGGAGCUUGUUCGAGGCGCACAAGCUGCUCUUCAGCUUCCUGCUCGCAAUCAAGAUCUUGCAGGGAGAUGACCGAAUAGAUCCUACCGAGUGGCGUUUCCUCAUCUCCGGGAUGUCCCCGGGGCAGUCGUCUAUGGAUAACCCGGACCCCUCCUGGAUCGAGGUGAACGUGUGGGGGGAGGUCAAGGCCCUCUGCGGGAUCGAGUACUUCAAAGAGUUCGCCACGGUGUUCGCGCAACGAACGGUGGCUUGGAGAAGAGUAUUUGACUCGAACGAGCCGCACGCUGCGACGUUCCCGGCCCCGUCGCACGAGCUGCCGAGGAAGGCGGGAUCGGCCAUCUUCGGCGUUGGGAGCUACCCGGAGAAGGAUGUAGAGGGAUGGCUGCGUAGAAUGUGCAUCCUCAGGUGUCUUCGAAGGGACAAGAUGACGGAAGCAAUGCAAGCCUUCGUGGUCGACGUCAUGGGUCCCUUUUUCGUCGAGCCCCCAACUUUCGACCUGAAGCGUUGCUACGAGGAUUCCUCGGUUACCAUGCCGCUCAUCUUCGUACUCAGCACGGGCUCGGAUCCUAACAAGGACUUGUUUCAGCUGGCGGAGGACAUGGGAAUGACGGACAAGAUGAGAAGUAUCGCCCUCGGGCAGGGGCAGGGAGGGAUCGCUGCGGCGAUGAUCGAAAAGGGAGUGUCAGAAGGCAACUGGGUGCUGCUCCAAAACUGCCACCUUUCCAUUUCCUGGAUGCCCGAGCUGGAGAGACUUUGUGAGGAGAUCAGUCCGACGCAGACCCACCAGGACUUCCGGUUGUGGCUUACGUCCAUGCCUAGCAAGUUCUUCCCGACAGCGAUCUUGCAGACGGGAGUUAAGAUGACGAAGGAGCCUCCGAAGGGACUUCGAGCUAACCUCAAGGCCACGUACUCUAAGAUGGACGACGACAAGCUCAAGCGCACGUGCAAGCCCGAAGAUUUCCAAAUGAUGCUAUUCGGUCUUUGUUUCUUCCACGCGUUGGUCGUGGAGCGGAAGAAGUUCGGACCCCUCGGUUGGAACGUUCCGUACGAGUUCAACGAGACGGACCUAGACAUCUGCAUCGCACAGCUGGAGAUGUACGUCGACGAGUAUGCCGUCAUCCCUUAUCAGGUGCAGAUCAACCUCCAAUUCAACUCCUCGCGACCCUCCCGAUGGUACAGUAUUCAUUUGGCUUGA